AUGGCCGGUACUGCGCUAGAUGGUGCGAUGAAGUCCAAGAAUGUACUUCUCGAAGCCAAAAAAAAAGCCUUUGGUGGCGUCGUGGUCGCAGCCGCAGCUUGGUCCAUCUUCGGUGGCGAUUUGUUUCCCGCACAAGAAGAUCCCAAAGGCGACCCCGAAACAUGGACCAGAGAAGAGAUGCGAAGAUGGCUCGCCGCGAAGAGAUACCCGGGAGGAACUGCUUGCCAGAGUGCUAGCGAACAUGAGGCAUCCACGGACAUGAAGCAUAAUGUUGUUCCUGAUAGUGUUGUUCUUAUCUGA